AUGACAAAGUCCCUGUGCAUAGACAGUCUGGUCCUAACUCCUCCGCCAUUUGCUGACGGCCUUGUCAUGACGGCCAAUCUCCUGCCCAGCCAGUGGACACCUUUCAACGGCAGCCAAUUGAACAAUCGUCGCAUCUUCUUUCACGAAACAAGCGGCAAAGCCCAGCUGAAUUUGCAGCAGUGCUGUGCCGUAGAAUCGGCGGCCAAACACAAUCCCGACCGGCCCGUCCAGCUCUUUCUCCGGCCGGAAUCGACUGGAUGUUAUUCCAGCAGUGAUGGCAGCCAAUCGACAUAUCGCCCAGCCUGGUUAGAAAUCCUUUCGCAAUAUCCAAAUGUAGCCGCCAUUUUAGUCAACGAGGAUCGGUACUUUGUCGAAAGCCCAUUGCAGGAUUGGUACCAAAACGGCCGGUGGCUUAAUAGUCCCCACCAAGUGGCCCACCUGUCCGAUUACAUCCGCAUUUUAACGCUGUACAAAGGCGGCGGACUCUAUUUAGACACGGACAUCCUGACUCUCAAAACUUACCAGGGCGACAUGUUCCGCAAUUGUUUGGUGUACGGAAGCGGCCGGAUGGAAGUGUUUAGCAACGGCGUCAUCCAUCUGGAAGCCGGCCAUUGGCUGUCGGCCGAACUCGUUCGAUUGCUGGCGGAAGAAUACGAUCCGGAAGCGUACGCUUAUCACGGGCCGGCUCUCGUUAGCGAAGUGAUGGGCCAUAAGUGCGGCGUUGUGGCGGGAUAUUCAAAUUCAAAUCAUUGCAAGGAUAUUCAACUUUUAUCCGAUCGAUUUUUCUACCCGAUCGAGGCCCCGUUCUCCGACGUCAUCUUCCGUGAUAACAACAAUAAAACGGAUGUGGCAACGCUGGUCAAAAUUAGCAAAAGUUACGGACUCCAUUUGUGGAAUUCCUUGUCGUACGUCCACCGACCUGUCAAAAUUAAUUCCAAUCAAAUUUUCUCGGUUCUGGCUCGUCAACAUUGUCCGCUCACCGUCGCCAGAGCCGCCGAUUUUUAA